CUGUAAUCUAUGGUUCGGUUUUUUGCUGAUUUGUCGUUAGUUGUGGAUAUGUUUUGCAAAACUACAUCUUUUUUGUAAUUUAUUGAAUUAUAGAAGUAAUAAAGCAAUAAUACCAAUCAUGACAGACAACGAAGAGUCCAUGGAUUAUGAAAAUGAUAAGGCAGAGUGUCCUCCAAGUCAGGAAAACUUUGAGGAAGACAUCAGUUUUGACAACGAAGAAGCUGUGAAUGGCGGCGGUAGUAAUAAUGUUGGAGGGACAAGUGGUUCCGCAGUGUCUAGUGCUCUUAAUAGUGCUACUGGUGGAGGUAUUCCUACAGGACGAGAUAGUGUAAAUAGUGGUGGCAUUAGUGGAAGUGGCGAUGAUUUUUCGCCGCGGGGAAGGGGCCGUGGAAUGUUUAGAGGCAGGGGCCAAAUGCCUCCAAGAGGUUGGCCUGGUCCACCACCUGGUCUUCGCCCCGAUGGUCCUCCGCCAAGAUUUAGGGGUAGAGGGUUUGGUCCUGGCAUGCUUCCACCUUUCAGAGGAGGCAGGCCUCCGCCAAUGUUUGGAAGAGGUCCUCCUCCCCGUGGGCCUCCGGGUGGGCCCGGUUUUCCUUCACCGAAUUGGGGUGGACCACUACCAAUGGGCGGGCCGCUUGGUCCUCCUCCUAUGAUGGGUCAAGGACAUGGAUUUGGUCCUCCAGGCAUUAUGAAUGGUCCACCACCCAAUCAAAAUGGUCUCCAGUCUCAAGGUACUGAACAUAACCAGGCUCAGACACCUCCAGGAACUUCACAGGCACAAAACAGCAGUAAAUCUGGUACUGGUGACCAAACUACUGAGCAAAAUCAGGACUUUCGUUCAAGUCCAGGUUUUGGCCCUGGUACAGGUCCACCUCCCAAUUUCGGUGGAGGAUUACCUCCGGGAAUGGGAGCGGGGCCACCUCCAGGACUUAAUUCUGGCCCUCCUCCGGGUGUAAUUCCUGGGCCCAAUACAGGACCUUUUGGAGGAAACUUACAUCAAGCACAGCCGCCAUCACUUGACGCCAGCAAUGAAAUUUGGGUCGAAACGAAAACACAAGAAGGUAAAUCGUACUAUUAUAACGCACGUACCAGAGAAACUACAUGGAGUAAACCAGAAGGGCCUCUCAUCAAAGUUAUUUCUCAAGAUCAAGUGGAAGCGAUGGCACAGCAAGCUGUUACAACCGCAGGUCCUAUAGCUCAAGGAACUUCAACGGCGGCCCAAGCUGCCCUGGCGCAAGCCAACGUCACCAACACCAAACAAGACAGCAAAGAAAAAGAAGAAUCUAAACAUGAUCAACUCAUGAAGCAGUCACCUGGUACUCCAACAUUAACUACGCCUCCUCCAACUGCAAAUGGGCCUUUACAACCUCCUCAGGGUCUUAUGCAAGGACCUCCGCCUGGAAUGCCGCCUUUUGGAGGACACCCAGGGCAAUUUCCACCCUUCGGGCUACCGCCUCCAGGAUUCCAAAGUAAUUGGAUGCCUGGAGGACCCGGUGGUCCACCCAGUUGGCAUGGUCCUGCUGGUCCUGCUCCAUGGGGUCUACCGCCCGGCAUCAUUCCUCAGACUUUACCACAACCGAUUGCGACUAAUACGAACGAAGACGCCAAAAUCGAUCCGGAAAUUGUUGCUAAGGCGGCAGAGUGGUCUGAGCAUAAAGCGCCUGAUGGGCGCUUUUACUAUUACAACGCCAAAAAGGGCGAAUCAGUUUGGGAGAAGCCUCAAGCUUUAAAAGAUCUAGAAACAGAAAAAUUAGUAGCAGCCCAGGGAGUGUCAACACGGUCAGUAAAUAUUGAACCCAUGGUGACACCAAGUUCUGCAUCUGUGACCGACACGUCAGGUAAGAAUAAUGCACAGGUGUCAGUGUCGCAACAGCAGCAGCAACAACAACAGCUUAAUUCAAACGGGUCAGACGAUGCAGAAAAGCAGAAAAGAAUGGACGAAGAAGCUAAACGAAAACGAGAAGAAGAGGAAAAGGCAAGAGAGCAGAAAGUUCAAGACAAAUCGAGACCCAUUUCGAGCACUCCCGUUCCAGGAACUCCUUGGUGUGUGGUGUGGACUGGUGAUGGUCGUGUAUUCUUCUAUAAUCCUUCGUCAAGGACGUCAGUGUGGGAGCGCCCUGAAGAUUUAAUAGGUCGUGCAGAUGUGGAUAAGAUGGUUAACACCCCUCCAGACGUGCUCCAACCUAAAAAGGAUGGUGAACAGAAGACGCCACGUAAAAGGUCCGGUUCGGAUGAAAGUGACAGCGACCAGGAUGACGCCUCAACUCCAGCAAAGAAGGCAAAAACUGAUAGUAGCAGUUCUGGUGGUACACCUCAACAGCAGCAACAACAGCAACAGCAGCAGCAACAACAGCAACAACAACAACAACAGCAGUUGCCUCAAAAGAAAAUUGACAUUGGUAAAGAGGCGGCGAUUGAAGCGGAAGUGCGUGCGGCCAAAGAACGCGCCGUGAUCCCCCUGGAACAGCGCAUAAAAUCUUUUAAGGAGAUGUUGGCGGAAAAGGAUGUCUCCGCAUUCAGUACAUGGGAAAAGGAGCUACACAAGAUCGUAUUUGACCCCCGUUAUCUGUUGCUCACGUCCAAGGAACGUAAACAAGUUUUUGAGAAGUAUGUUAAAGAAAGGGCUGAAGAGGAAAGACGGGAGAAACGUAAUAAACUUCGCGAACGUAAAGACGCGUUUCGGAAGAUGCUGGCCGAAGCGCAUCUUCAUGGAAAGUCAUCUUUUAGUGAUUUUGCACAGCGUUACGCCAAAGAUGAGCGCUUCAAAGGUGUAGAAAAAAUGCGAGAAAGAGAAAGUCUCUUUAACGAGUAUUUAAUUGAGGUCAGACGACGAGAGAAAGAAGAAAAGUUCCAGCGAAGAGAACAGAUCCGAAAGGAUUUUUUUGCAAUGUUGCGCGAACACCCCAACGUGGACCGACACUCACACUGGUCAGAGGUCAAGAAGCUGGUCGACUCAGACCCUCGUUACAAGUCUGUCGAAUCUAGUAACAUGCGCGAUGAUUGGUUUCGAGAGUAUUGCAAAAUACUCAAAGACGAGAAAAAACGAGCCAAGGAGAAGGAGCGCGAACACAAGAAAGAAAAAGAGCGCGAAAAGCAGCACAAGAAGAAAGACAAGGACAAAGAGGACAAGCAUCAGGCCAAAGAGAACAAGCACAAGGAAAAGAAAAAGGAUGAGAACAACAGUGAUAUCGGUGUUAGUACCGAUGCUGGUGAUGCAGACGGUGAAGGAGGAGGUACAGGUGAAGAGGUUGUAUCAUCAACACCAGUAGCGUCUUCAAAGAAGAUUGAGGACAUGGAAGAAGAUCAGCCAGCUCCUUCGUCUGACGAAAAGGUCAAGGAGCAGAAAGAGAAACAGGCACGUGCCGAGGCUAGUCUUCGGGAACGUGAGAAGGAAGUUCAGCGAACAUUAGCGACCCACAUGAGGGACCGGGAUAAAGAACGGGAGCAACAUAAACGGGACGAGGCGGUGCAACACUUUAAUGCAUUGCUUGCUGAUUUGGUGCGCAAUCCUGAUACAGGAUGGCGUGAAGUAAAACGCACACUUCGUAAAGAUCACCGAUGGGAGCUUGUGGAAUCGCUAACAAGAGAAGAAAAGGAACGAUUGUUUGGGGAACAUGUCGAACAUCUGGUUCGUAAGAAACGGGACAAAUUUCGGGAGCUUCUCGACGAAACUUCCGAAGUUACGUUAACUAGUUCAUGGAAGGAGAUCAAAAAGCUUAUUAAGGACGAUCCAAGAUAUUCCAAAUUCGCAUCUAGUGAAAGGUGCGAACGGGAGUUCAAAGAUUAUCUGAAGGAUAAACUAAUCAGUGCGAAGGGCGAGUUUAAAGAAUUGCUCCAGGAAACGAAGUUGAUAACUCAUAAGUCAUUGUCAACAUUACGAGAAAACGAGCACCACAUGCAGGAGAUCGAAGAAAUCCUGAAAAAUGAUCGUCGUUACCUGGUACUCGACCACAUUCCAGAAGAACUCACGCAGCUUGUCCUGAAUUAUCUGGAAGAGCUGGAUCGACGAGGACCACCGCCCCCUUCGACGGCUGGCGAGCCGUCUCGUCGAUCAGACAAGGACCCCAAGUUUAUUGCCUAAACCUAAUUAAUUAAUUCAUUUAGAAAAUGGUAAUUGUAAUUUAGAUAAGUAUCUUUUAUUAAUUAAUGUCAUGUGGACUUAUGUAAUGUUAUUAUAUAAAUCCAAAAAAAGGAAUGUAAGGAAGAACAAGAUCAUUGAUUGUGUUCUUGCCAGAAGACUUUGAUCUAAUUAAUUAUGUUUGUGUGAUUCAAUGUAUACAAGACACGUCCAAAUGAUAAUGAUACCGUAAUAAAUGUAAAUAAGAAAAA